AUGGCAUCCAUGAACACAAGCACCAAGGGUUUCCUGGCCCUUCCACCAGAGAUUCGCGACCUCGUCUACCAAUACGCAACUGAAGAAACCUUGCCGUGGCCAGAGAGCUUCACAGAAAAACACAGCGACAUUCCGAAGCCAUGCCAUCUCGCCUCACUUCAACAACUAUCAGAUCCUGACCCAGCAGACCCCCUCCUCGUCAACUAUCCCUCAAACCCUCCACGUCCCACCUGGCUCUCCCUCCUUCGAUGCUGCAGGACAACUCACUCUGACAUGAAACAUCUAUUCCCUCUCACAGACCCAACCUCUCCAAUCUCUCCCAAAUGCAAUCCCGAUCAUGCCACAGCCCGCCUUCUCCUCACCCUGACUUCCACGACCUCAACGAUAACCUGGCUCAGUCUUCGUUGCCAUCCCGUCCACCUCGAAACUUUGCACAUCAAACUCCAUCUCUCCGAUCUCUGGGCCGCGGAUCUGACAUCCGGACAUCCACAAACCGAGAACAGAAUCGUUCACGCUCUAUUCCUCCUUCUACGACAAUUCUUCACAUUCGGCCCUCAUCUAUCUCGGGAAACAGCAAUAUCUACACCGAUACGAUUGAAGACCGUGGUCCUAUCUCUCGAAGCAGGACCUCCAAGCGAGGAACCGUGCAGAAAUACAGAUCGGCUACUACAGAGAUAUCUCUUCAGCGAAGGUCACGCGAACCAGCAAAUGGCGACGAUCGCUGGCGUGUUGGUGAUUUGGCUGCAACGAUUUGCGAGCAGUGGAUUACUGUGUGGCUAUGUGGAGGAGUUGCAUCUGGAUUGUACGAAAUUAGUAGAAGAGCAUGGCGAUGAUGCGAAGUUUCCGAUUUUGGAACCUAGGCCGGGCUGGACCAUGUGUAAGGAUAUUUUUGCAAAGUUGGGGUAUGAAUGGACUAUGAAUUUGUAG